AGUGCGCCUCUCCGCUGGGAAAAGUUGACAGCGCCAUGGCCGUGCUGGCUGCGUGCGUCUCAAGGGCAAAGCAAAUGAGAGGCAGCCUCUCCAGCCCUGCGCGCGUCUGACCGCGGACUCCAGUUCCUGCCAUGUCAGACAAGCACCAGAUCCUGGCCGGGUUUCCAAGGGGGGUAGAAAAAACGGAAAGAUGCGCCUGGAGGGGGAAACGUCACAUUUUCAUGUGGAGCGACAGUGUGGUGAGACCGUGACCGAGCCGAGCCUCGCAGGGAAAAUAUUCGGCACCAUCCUUCAGCGGAACGCGCCAGAGCGCAGGAUUUCCACGGGAAUAUCGACCUAUAGCUGGAUGAUUUCAUCGCCUCUGGAUGUUUUUUUAUUGGUAUUUUUUUAAGGAUUUUAUGAUCGCGCCACGUUUCAGCGGGAAUUUGUUUGAUCUCUCAGUCACGCCACGCUGUGCGCAACCACCCCCAAUGCCGGCUUCAUGUGAUCAGCACCAGCAGACUGACGGUGGCAAAAUAAUAACAAAGGAAGCAUUCCCCGAAAGUUCUUCCAGUUUCUGCAGGAAUCUGUGGAUUUGAGGCUCUGGAGCCUCUGCUGUCAUCUCCAGAAAAGCAUCUUCAGGCUGCGUUUUGGCUGAACUUAACAUUUCCUCUGCUGACUUCUGCUCAUCACUCAGAAGAUCUCUAGGCUCAAAUGCAACAAAGUAAAGUUCAUCUUCCAGCCCUGGAAAUGCCACCAUGGGAGUCCUUUCAGGGAAGAGAGACUGGAGAGUGAAAGCAGCAUUUCUGCUUCUUUGAGAGGACACUACCUUCUUCUUCUCCGUUUUUUUUUUUUUUUUUUUUUGGACUGGUCCAAAAAAGAGUUUUUACGAGCCCUCUGGACUUCUGCACAAUGGGGAUUAUGCUUCAAGUUAUUCUUGGAAUGUUUCAAUUCCUGCUGCUCACCAGAAUACCCACGUCUCAUGCAAAGCUUGCUCACUGGCGGCCUGCAGACUCCCCCAAAUCCAGGGAAGGUCGUGAAGUUCGACGGUGGUUAGAGGUGUAUUCACGGAGCGGGUGCGAGCCCCGGGACACCCUGGUGGAGGUCUGGCGGGAGUUUCCCGAGGAGAUCCACCAUCUCUUUGUCCCGUCCUGCGUGUCUGUGAAGCGAUGUGGUGGCUGUUGUACAGAUGAGGCCAUGGAGUGUGUGUCGGUGCUCACACACACAGUCACCAUGGAGCUCAUGAGAACGUCCUUCAUGAAACACGAGCUUGUUGAGCUGCCCUUCGUAGAGCACAGUCAGUGCGAGUGCAGAUUGAAGGAACACUUCCAGUCGACACCUUCUUCAAGGCCUUUUCAACAGCCAGCAAGACAAGCCAAGAAGAAGGAGGGCAGAAAGUCCAGACAGAGGAAACCCGGAGCAGUCAGAGCUGAAAGCCACACUGCCCUCACCCCUCCUACCACACCCCUUCCUACUUCUGCUCCGUCGCCUCCUUCUUCCACCGUCUCUCCCACUCCCUCCCCGACGCCUCGAUGCCGCCCCUGCAGAGGAAGGAAGUGGGCGCUGGAUGCGGCGUCGUGCCAGUGCAGGUGCACCGUCAGAGUCGGGAGCUGUAGUCGGAAAGGGCAGAGACUCAAUCCCCGCCGCUGCAAAUGUGAAGUCACAAAGACCUGAUGUGUCCUCUCACCUGCGUUAUGCCCCACUCUCAUCACCCACUCUCACCAUUAUGGACCACCAUGGACGCUUGGAUCAUCCAGUGUCUCAAACUGAAGGAAAUAUUUCUAGAAACACUCAAUCAAAACAGUACAUCAUUACAGCCAAAUGCACUCAACUGUGCCACCGCCUUCCCAUGUCCUUCUUUCCAAGAAAAAGCUGUUUUUUUUUUUUUUUUUAGAAACACACGUGGACAUGACAUUUGGAUGGGAAAAUCGCAUCUUCUACAAAUGUGUGAGCAGCAUCUGCUACAGGUCAACAUAUCUGCUGUACUUUUCCACAAAUUUCCUUUCAACUGAAACCAAACUGCACAAGAAGGCUGUGGAGGACAGGCGCCAGCCUCACACAGGAUCUUCUACCUGUUUCAGUGGAAGCUGCUUCCCAGGAUUAUACCCUGCUCCGGGACGGUUUGGGGGUCCUCACAUAAACUGGCACCCCGGUGUUGUCGGACCUAUAGUUGAGCUCAGUGCCGAGUUGGAGCGAGUCUGUGUGGUCUUCUUGCUGAAAGACGCAGAUGGGUUAUCCCUGCACCCGUUCACUCUUAUUGAAAGCGCAUGAGCAUGAGCUGGCUCUCCAAGCCGCUUUCCGGCAUUUGUUUAAUUUGAGCCUUUUGUGUGCGUUUCUCCUCAGCUUCUGAAUUGAAAGGAGCCGCUUUGCCUCCCUUUGCCUCUCUUUUGGGCAGUGAGGAGAAUGACAAUAAUGAGGCCUGGCGACUCUCCACCGCUUCACACACACAAACAUUCACACUCAUAAUUCCAGGAACACAGACGACACUACAAAUGCAGACUUUGCUACAGCACACACAAAUAAAUACACAUUCAUGCACUGUCAAAUGAAUGCAGGUAGCCAUAAGCUUUUUUGUGUACAAAUAUAUGUCGGUUGUUUAUUUUCCAAUUUAAUGUAAUGUCUGCAUUGAGUAUUGUAUAACAUUCCUCUGUUUUAUACUUUAUUAUGAUUCUAUUGAGUCGGUUGGGACGAUAUUGCAGAGUACAUAAUGUGUCUAUUUUAUUGGUGUUCAUCUUUAAUCCUUCUGCAUAACGAACCCCAGUGGGUGGCCUGCUAAACCUAUACCUAAUGUGUUGAAUUUAAACAGAGACAGCUCACAUAAGCCUCAGAUGGGAGAGUCUAUACAAUUACAAUGUGUAAUUCAAACAAUCAGUGGGGUGGCGUCCAGAAGCAAAUAGCCAACCCCAGAGCAGCUGAAGAAAAACAAGGCCUUUGUUGUUGCACUAUCAGCGCUUGUAUGGAGAGAGUAGUAUUCAUCUGAAAUAUGUCCUGUUUAUAUUUUGAUGGAAUCUCACCGUUUUAGUCCACUUUACGAUCGCAUGGCUGCAGGUGGAGGUAAACGUGAGAGAUUUAGCUUCUCAUCAGUCAGUGUGUCCAUCUAAAAGAAGAGGACCUUAAGUGACAGGUCAGAGGGUUUAAACCCAGUUUUUACAUCCAUUCAGAGCCUGUCUGCUGUGCCAAAUUUGACUGAGAACAUGUUCCCCUUAGGGUUAGGAUUAGGGUUAGAGCCUGUGGUUCACGUCUGUGCUCUCCCCCAGGGUUCACUCGAUCCUGCUGAUUGAAGAACAGUCAUCCACAAACCUCGGACACCCCUUCAGACGGAAUUAUUUAUGUCCCAGCCUCGCAACAUCAAAGCUUUGUUUCAGAGGCUUUCAUGAUAAGCUUUUUAUUUAUACUCUCCCAACAUGAGAUUUUUUUUUCAUGCGCAUUGUUCAGUGUUUAUUGGUGUCAAUCAAUGCUUCAAUCACUACCUCUUUAUUCUAACACAUGAAUGACCAAGUAUUAAAGCAUUAUUGUUACUUUCUCUGUGUCAGAUCAGACCACAUGUUUGGCAAUAAGCUCAGUCUCAGGUGUAGAGACUGAGUAUCGCUCAAUAAGAGGAGGGUUUUUUACGUCUCCGAGUACAGACCAGACACUGUGUGGUUAUAUGUGGAAGGGGUUUCCCAAAGCUCUUAGACCCUCACACUGGAAACAAGCUGAUCUUGGCUUUCCAAAAACUAACUUUGGAAUAUGAGCUUUUGAGCUGUGUGAGAAGGCUGAUGCUACUCCUACGUUUGUUAGGCUGAAUUUGGUCACUUUCCGCGCAACACUAAGUGUAUUGCUUUAUGAAGCUGGUUUUUGGCUAUCUGAGCUUUCACCCUUUAAGCCCAUAAAGAUAAUUUCUUUUGAGAUUCUCUGAUCAAUUGGGUUUAACAGCUCUGGAGGCCAGAGUGAUUAACCCCAGACUCUACGCGGAAGAGAGUUCUGGGACCAUUUGAAAUACCUACUUACCCUCAUCACCGGGCCAGAGUGAGACCUGAACUCGUGCUUAAUCAGCCUAACAAGCAACUAUAUAACAAUGAGUCAAUGAGUAAAUGCACCGCCCUUUUCUCCAAUUCACAAAAGCAUCUCCCUCAAGUUUGAUGCAGCUCAACAAAGCUCUAGUGUUUGGGUCUUUUUCACACCAGGCUUCCACUUCAGCAAAUAUGUCGCUCUAAGCAACCUCCAAAAAAAUGUCAACAAGCUGGGAGUUGGUAACACAUGGUCUGGGUGCAUGGACCGCCAACGUCGCAGGGGUCAAAGGUCCUGGUGAGAAGAUUAUCUGACUUUUUGACUAGACCCAUUUCAUCCUUCGUCCAGUGUGUGUAGCUUAGUGACAUUUCUACAGGAUAGAGGUGAUACCAUCUAACUUGUGGCAGUGGAGGUUGGAAAAAAUGUGCUUCCCAAAAUGAUAAACUUAAGGGUUUUAAGUUACAACUUGUUUCCUGAAGAUGAAGAGUUUUAGUGAUGGAGGCGAUGCUUUGGGAAACCCAAGAGUCCUCAGACCUCAGGACAGAUUGCACUUGUUUGUGAGACUGCAACGCACAUAUCGGAGACAGAACGAUAGCAAAUGCAGAUGUGUAUAAAGGAGAAAGCCUAUAUGAGCUUGACUCAUGCAGACAUUUAUAAAUACUGUACAUUCCACCUAGAAAAACUUGCCGUACUGAGAUAACUUUAGCUGUGAUGAGCUAUAACUUUUACAUCUUGUGACCAAAAUUAAUCAUCAAUGAUAGAUUGUAAUAUGGUUAUGAAGCUAUAACAGCUAAGAUGCAUCGUAACUCUCCUGCCAAUAUUUAUCGCAACUCCUGCAGAUACAGUGUGUGGACAUAUCUAACACAAAUAUGUUAAUCCUGUGUGAGCAACAGAGUGGUUUGUGUUUUCACUGUUCCAGCUUCCAGUGUCUUAGUAAACUAUUUAUAUCCCUUACUGAGCUAUGUAACAUCUUCCAGUCUAUAACACCCAUCUAGUGUAUGACUUAGAGCAUACUUUAGAAAUGUAUUUGUUACUUUAUUUUAGCUGUCCUCGCCACAAAUCUCUUCUUUGCAAACUGUACUACUGUAGCCUUUAAAUAGAGGGAAAUUGACACGUUUUUUUGUUUUUGCUGCUACACCAUUUGUGCCCUUUAUGAUGUCUCUGUAGAAAACAAUGCGGGUUUAUGUUGUAUUAGCUAAUAAUCAAUGUCCCCAUUAAAGUGUACUCUGCAUCCUCACAUAUAUUCAGAAUUGUACCAGAAUUCAACAGCGAUGUAACAGAAAUUAUUAAAGGAAAUGUCCUAUUUUUCAUAUAAA